AUGGAACAACGUUCACGUCAUUCAAAACGGCAACCGCUUACAAGAAAUGAACGUUUGCAACGUCAACUUGCGAAAGCUGAAGGCUUCGAGAAUUAUCAGCUUCAAUUACUUGAAAACUUACAAUCACCUGCUCUUGCCAAGGGGGGAAGUGAUGCCCUUGUGUUUUUUCCUCCUGGUUUUCCGAUAACUGACAGACUAUGGACGUAUCUACUCAGGAAAGAAGAACAGUGGAAUCAUUCAGAUAUGAGGUCGUUU